AACAGGAACAGAGGUGUAUCUGCCCUUCGUCGCACUGGUCUCCGCCCUCGCCAGACCCUUUCUGUAAAGCCCGAGGACCUGCCCAAGCCCGUCACCGACAGCAAACAGCGUUCCCAAGUCGAUGUAGACCCCGAUCACGGCCUAUGGGGCUUCUUCAAUCGCGACAGAUACCCUUUUGCAACCCCCGAUUAUGACAGCAGCCACGGCCGAGCAUGGACUAUCGUUGAGCUGAGAGCGAAGGACUUUGAGGAUUUGCACAAGUUGUGGUGGGUCUGUGUCCGGGAAAGGAACAGGCUUGCGACCGAAAGAUAUGCAAGAAAGAAGGCAAAGCCAGGUUAUGGUGAUUACGAGUCUGAACAAAGAGAAUACCAGGUCAAACUCACCCAAAGGGCAAUCAAGCACGUUCUCACUGAGCGCUGGUACGCUUGGGAAGAUGCUCGCAUGCUUGCCGAGUCUGACCCCAGUGUCAACCUAUUCCCUGCUGAAGGCGAGCCAUCGUACACGCCCGAGCAGAUCGAA